GUGCUGAGUUGGCACUCUUGCCAGCACAAGACCAGUAUCGCUAAAUGCGUUGAUUUGUACGACGGUUUUGUAAAGUGUGCAAGUUAACAGCGUGAAUCUGAAUAUUCAGUCAAGUAUGUCGCGAGUGAAUGUACUUAAAACAGGAUCUACUUAAAAGCACGCCACAAUACUUAAUGAGCGAUGAGUGGACAAAAGUUCCAGUAUGACGAGAGCGGAGGAACGUUCUUUUACUUUCUGCUCUCUUUCUUGGCACUACUGUUGGUACCCGGGACUUACUACCUCUGGCCACGUUGCCCAAAGCCAGAUCCGAAUCAGUUAGCUAAAGAAUGUCAGUGCAAUGGAUGCAAAAAGAAAAAGAUUGUCUUGCAAGCAAAUAAACCUUGGAAAGAAACCAAAGCUUUGUUUAUGAAAUUUCUAAUUGUUCUGGGAUGGGCUAUCUUGAUACUAUUGGCAUACAAAGUGUCACAAUUUGAUUACGAAAUGGCCAAUUUUGAUCCAUAUGAAAUAUUAAAUAUACCACCUGGUUCUUCACAAAGUGAAAUUAAGAAAGCUUAUCGCAAGCUUUCUUUGAUUCUUCAUCCUGAUAAAGAAACUGGAAAUGAAAAAGCAUUCAUGAAAUUAACUAAAGCUUAUCAAGCUUUAACGGAUGAAGAAGCGCGAAAAAAUUGGGAAAAAUAUGGAAAUCCGGACGGUCCAGGAGCAAUGAGUUUUGGUAUAGCUUUACCUUCCUGGAUCGUUGAAAAAGAGAAUUCAGUAUGGGUCUUGGGACUGUACGCAUUGGUGUUUAUGGUUGCUUUACCGACAGUUGUAGGAAUGUGGUGGUACAAGAGUAUUCGCUAUACUGGUGAUCAAGUUCUCCUUACAACAACCGAGAUGUAUUACUUUUUCUUUGUGAAAACACCGUCUAUGUCAUUGAAGAGAGUCAUCAUGAUACUCGCCGCUUCGUUCGAAUUCUUUAAGAAACGUAACGCGGAAAUAGUCGAAAGACAUACUGAUAGCGAAGAAGUUCCUUCGCUCAUUAAACAAUUACCUAACUUGGGAGAAAAAAAUAAAGAAGUGCCACUAUGCCAUUUGUAUUCGAUUAAAGCUAGAGCUCUGAUACAUGCUCAUUUAUCGCGUAUACCGCUCAAUCCUGAAACAUUGGAUAAAGAUAGACAGUAUAUUGUAAAGAAAUGUCCGUAUUUGAUUCAAGAAAUGGUCGCCUGCGUUCACCAAGUUAUACUUCUAGCUUAUGCUAGAAGAGUACCACGGGUGCCAACUAUAACUACUAUAGAAAACUGUAUGAAGUUGUGUCCAAUGAUUGUCCAAGGAUUUUGGGAAUUUAAAAACCCUCUUCUGCAAUUACCGCACAUAACUGAAGACAAUUUAAAAUACUUUCAUGCGAAAAAGCGUCAAAUCAAGAGUCUUCAACAAUUUGCACAAUUGAAGGGAGAAGAACGAAGACUGAUUCUUCGAAAUCUGUCGGACAGUCAAUACGAAGAUGUUAUAAAGGUUCUUGGAAAUAUGCCGUAUAUAGAUUUUAAAGUGAGAUCGGAAGUGAUUGAUGAUGAAAAUCCUACCGUGUACACUGCUGGUGCUAUCGUGACUGUAACGGUAUCGCUAACACGGAAAGAUAUGAGACAUCUUUUUGGCGACGAUUCUAUCAACGAAAAGACGAUAAUCGAUGAUAAUAAAGCCGUUGGUGAAGCGACUGAAGAAACUAUAGAAGAACAAAAUCAAUCAACGAAAGCGGCAAAACCAGCAUGGUUAAAGCAAAAGAAAGGACAAAAAAAGUCGCAUAAAAAAGGCGCUAACAAAAAGCCAACUCCCGCUAAAAACACGCAAGCGCAGUCUAACCAGGUUGUAGUUAACAAUACUCAGCAAAGUGAUACUCCCAAUGCGAGAAAGAAAGAAGAUAAAACAGAGAAAGAGUCUUCCAAGGACAAAUUGUCCGAUUUUACCGAUAGUGAAAUCGAGAGUGAAAAAAGCGAUGACGAAGAUAAUCGUGAAAAAAAAGAUGUGUCUCUCGAUGAUGAUGACACAGAAUGGGAAAAGUUCCAACAGAGAAUCUCUAAACGAGAGAGAGUAUUGGAAGGGAAAAGUAAUUUAUCCCACGAAGUGCACUGUCCACUCUUUCCUGAUGUUAAGCAAGAAUAUUGGUGGGUGUAUAUCUGUGAUCGCAAGAGUUUAACAUUGUUGACGACUCCUGUACACGUUACGUCGUUAGCAGAAUUUGAGGAAAUUCAGUUGAGAUUCACGGCACCGCGCUGGCCAGGCCUUUAUACAUUUACCGUGUGUCUACGUAGCGAUUCAUAUCUAGGAUUUGACCAAGCUCAAGAUAUCAAGUUGGAUGUAAAAGAAGCACCGGAAGUACCAACAGAACAUCCUCAAUGGGACAUCUCAGACGAAGAAACUGCGGAAGAUGUAGAUGCGGUCGAUGAACAUUCCGAGUUCACUACCGACGAAGAUGUUAGUGACAAUGAAUAAUAUCUGUUUCUCAUGUGUGUGAUGACGGAAUAGAUAUUCCAUGAGUCCGCAUUUUCCUCUUUUUUACUUUCUCGAGUUAAUGUACAAUGAACUUUUAUACACGAAGUUUGUAUUGACAUAUGUGAAGAGACAAUCUAGGAAAAUUAGUCUGGUAUGUAAUUAAAAUUUAUGAAGAGUGUGCGAAUAAAGAAUAUAAUAUUUAUUUUAA